AUGACGAUUCAACAUGUGCCUCAUCUGGACACCAAAGGAGCAAUCGCCUCGCCACAUGGGCCAAUCGCGAUGCCUUUCGACAUGCGCACAAUGGUCUUGCGCACAAAGGUCCAGAUGCCGGUGCAAGAUGACCAAGCGCUCCGCACAGAAGACCCUCACGAAAGUGACGUCGAGAUCGUGCCCCUCGAUGGAUCUGGGCCAGUCCUUGGACACAGCCUCCGUCCAGCAGAAGCAGCAGCAACGUCUUGCUCCCUUUCUCUGUCUUUAGUUGAUCUUAGUUGGGUUCAUUCGCAACGGCGAUGA